UUGUACGCUCAACGAAAUGGAACAUCGUUCGCGCAUAUAACUUCCAGUCUUUGCUUCCCAUUUUGUGGUAUUUGCGUUUAGAAGGUGUAGACGUUAAAAAGAAGACUCGCACGUGGCUAGACGAUCGUAGAAAGGAAAAUACAGAAAAUACAUAUAAAAAGCGAACCUGUGGUGCCCGGUUUUCGGUAGGACAAUUUUAUUAGGCGGGCACUUUUAUUGAACUUCCUUCGAUAAAACUUCGAACUUCCAUCUAUCGAAACAUUAUUCAGAAGAUCUCAGAAGCCGCGACCACGCGACUCUCUACGUACAGCAAUGUCUAACGAAGAAACUUCUGCCGACCGCAAUGUCGAGAUUUGGAAAAUAAAGAAACUUAUAAAGAGUCUUGAAAUGGCUAGAGGGAAUGGUACUAGUAUGAUAUCAUUAAUUAUACCCCCUAAAGACCAAAUAUCAAGAGUGAGCAAAAUGUUAGCCGAUGAAUUUGGAACUGCGUCUAAUAUUAAGUCUCGUGUAAAUAGAUUAUCGGUUUUGGGUGCAAUUACAUCUGUACAACAUAGGUUAAAAUUAUAUACCAAAGUGCCUCCGAAUGGCCUGGUUAUAUACUGUGGAACUAUUGUCACCGAAGAAGGAAAGGAAAAGAAAGUCAACAUUGAUUUUGAACCUUUCAAACCUAUUAAUACGUCUUUGUAUCUUUGUGAUAAUAAGUUUCACACAGAAGCCCUUACUGCAUUGCUAGCCGAUGACAAUAAAUUUGGCUUUAUUGUCAUGGAUGGUAAUGGCGCUUUAUUUGGUACUUUACAAGGAAAUACGCGUGAAGUUUUACAUAAAUUUACUGUUGACUUACCGAAAAAACAUGGUAGGGGAGGUCAAUCAGCUCUACGUUUUGCUCGGUUACGUAUGGAAAAAAGACAUAAUUAUGUCAGAAAGGUUGCUGAAGUUGCUACGCAACUUUACAUUACUAAUGAUAAGCCUAAUAUUGCUGGAUUGAUAUUAGCAGGAAGUGCCGAUUUUAAAACUGAACUUAGUCAAUCAGAUAUGUUUGAUCCUAGAUUGCAAGCUAAAGUUAUAAAAUUAGUUGAUGUGUCUUACGGAGGAGAAAAUGGUUUUAAUCAAGCUAUUGAAUUAGCAGCGGAAUCUUUGCAAAAUGUUAAAUUUAUUCAAGAGAAAAAACUUAUUGGUCGUUAUUUUGAUGAAAUUUCUCAAGAUACUGGAAAAUAUUGUUUUGGUGUAGAAGAUACAUUAAAAGCUUUGGAAUUAGGUAGUGUAGAAACGUUAAUUUGUUGGGAGAAUUUAGAUAUUCAACGAUACGUUUUAAAAAAUCAUACAAAUGCAGAAGAGAAAAUAUUACAUUUGACUCCUGAACAGGAAAAAGACAAAACUCAUUUUACUGAUAAAGAGAGCGGAGUAGAACUUGAAUUGGUGGAGUGUCAACCACUUCUUGAAUGGCUUGCGAAUCACUAUAAGAAUUAUGGUGCCACCUUGGAAAUUAUUACAGACAAGUCGCAGGAAGGUUCACAAUUUGUCAGAGGGUUCGGUGGAAUUGGAGGUAUUCUACGUUACAAAGUGGACUUUCAGAAUUUGCAGCUGGAAGAAAAUGAAAUUGAUAAUUUCGAUCUGGAUGACUAUUAAAUCCCUGAUUUGACAAAAACACGAUCCUCUUAGCUUUGAAAUGGAAAAUAUUACGUUCCUCUUUGCAUUAUAUUUCAAGAAAAGUAUGCAAAGAAGCACGUUGCAAAAUAAUUAUUUGAUGUGGUACAUAGGGUAUCAUCAGGAAAUUAUUGUGAACAUCAAGCAGCUAGCAAUUUUACACAGGGGACAGUGCGGAAAAAUGGUGCGUUGGUAACAUGGUUCAUACCUGUUAAAAACAACAAAGGCAACUCGAAGACUGUGACACUUAAUUAAGCCAGCUUGAUAUCUGCCUACUCCACACAUUACCUACUAUGUUCUUUGAUUAUUCACAUGGAUUUAUUUAAUUACUUGCUCAAACAACAACGGUACCAUGUAGAAUUGUUACAGCAAUUAUAUGAUUUGAGAUAUAUCAUUUUCUAUCACAUCGAUGUUUAUCAUCUUGUCAUCGUGCUAUUAAAAAAAAAAAAAAAAAAAAAAAAAAAAAAAAAAAAAAAAAAAACAAAAAAAAACAAAAAAAACCAAAUGAUUAUCAGAUGUUCAUAAAUACAGUUCUAGCGUAAUUUUUUGUUCAUAUACGAUCAUAGCUGAGCUGUAAUAAAAUGAUUGUCAUAAACUUAAAUGUGCGUAUCGUGCAUUCUAUACCAAUUGCAAAAUUCAUAUGAAUAAUAAAAAAAAAAGCUCUGUACAUAAUACAUAAAUUUUUAAUGGCACAGUUGCCUUAGGAGAAACAAAAUCUUUCCGUCUUAAUGAGUGAUACACAUACAAAUGUAAGGAACAGUUUCUUAACAAAAAAUUGAUAUUGCUUUAUUGCUGGCUCGCGAUUAUUAGAUUUUGUACACCCAAGAGACUGUACAUAACAAAUGCUUUAUAAGCGUAUCAAUUUAAUCUCUUAAUUGUUGAAGAGGUACACCUCGAUGGUAAGAAUAACAGUUACUAAAGAUAUUACAAAAUAUUAUAAUUAAAUUUUUAAUUUCUCUUGCUUAUUUGUACAAUGCCUUUGUAAUAAACAGUACUGUAAAUGUAUAAAUGUGAAGAGAAUGCAAUGUGCGAUGUUGGCAAUAUGUAUCCUUUAUAUAAAAAAAAAAAAAAAAGAAAGAAAGAAAAAAUAU